UGUUAAAGUGGGCGCUGGAUUCCUUUCCAGCUCUUCAGGGUUCAAAAUCAUUUUCAAAUCCAUUCAAGGCCUAGCUUUACAAGAAACAGAUAAUUUAUUUACUUUUCCUGAUAAAGACAUUGAUCCCAGUGAACCUGAAUGGAUCAUGGCAAUUACAGCAGCAGUCGGAGAAAUUGAUGCAAAGACAGGGAAGUCUUUGAAAGACAAGGUUUUAUGCAGAGUAUUCUCUGAAGACUAUGAAAGGACUAGGAACAAAAUCUUAGAUCCAAGAGGACAAAGCAUUCAUCAAUGGAGCAAGAUUUUCUUGGCAGCCUGUUUGGUUUCAUUGUUCAUAGAUCCUUUGUUCUUCUACUUGCCUAUAGCAAAUGACGACAUGUGCAUAAACAUUGGACUCUCCCUUGAAACAACACUCACUAUCAUAAGAUCAGUUGUUGAUGUCUUCUAUGUUAUUCAUAUAUUUGUCAGAUUUCAUACAGCUUAUGUUGCGCCUUCUUCUCGAGUUUUCGGAAGAGGAGAGCUUGUAAUAGAGCCUUCAAAGAUUGCAGUUAGGUACUUACACAAAACAUUUUGGAUUGAUGUAAUAGCUGCCUUGCCUCUUCCUCAGAUAUUAAUUUGGUUAAUCAUCCCCAAUCUUGGAGGAUCGAUGGUGACAGACACAAGGACUGUUCUUCCAUUUGUUAUCUUAUUUCAGUACCUUCCAAGGCUCUAUCUCAUAUUUCCUCUCACGUCACAAAUCGUUGAGGCCACCGGUGUAGUAACAGAAACAGCUUGGGCUGGAGCCGCAUAUAAUCUUCUGCUUUAUAUGUUGGCAAGCCAUGUCUCAGGAGCUAUCUAUUACCUUCUAUCGGUUCAGAGAGAAAUAGACUGUUGGAAAAGUGUCUGCAAGGUUGAGAAUUGUCAAAAUGGUUACUUUGAUUGCCACAGCGUCCAAGAUCCUGCAAGAGUUGCCUGGCUGAACUCAAGCAAUGUCACAAAUAUAUGCAAUCCAAAUAAUAACUUCUAUCAAUGGGGGAUAUACGUCACUGCACUGCAAGCUGGGGCAACAAGCUCAGCAUUUCCUAACAAGUACUUCUACAGUCUAUGGUGGGGAUUGCAGCAGCUGAGUUCUGUAGGACAAAAUCUUAAUACAAGCAGUUAUGUUGGAGAAAUCAUCUUCACCAUUAUCACCUCAACUCAAGGAUUAGUACUGCUCUCUUUGCUUAUUGGGAAUAUGCAAAGAUACCUCCAAGCAACAACCAUGCGCCUAGAAGAGUGGAGAGUCAAAAGAAAUGACACUGAACAAUGGAUGCAUCACAGGCAGCUGCCUCCAGAAUUAAGAGACUCCAUCAGAAAAUAUGACCAAUAUAAGUGGUUGGCUACCAAAGGGGUUGAUGAAGAAGCUAUCCUCCAUGGACUACCUAUGGAUCUCCGGCGAGAGAUCAAACGUCACCUAUGCUUUGACCUAGUUCGAAAAGUUCCUCUGUUUGAUCAAAUGGAUGAAACUAUGCUUGAUGCUAUAUGCGAGAGACUUAAGCCUGCAUUAUGCACAAAAGGCCUGUUCCUUGUGCGUGAAAGUGAUCCUGUUAACCAAAUGCUCUUCAUAAUCAGAGGCCACCUUGAUUCUUACACCACAGAUGGUGGCCGCACUGGAUUUUUCAACUCGUGCCGGAUCGGUCCAGGAGAUUUCUGCGGCGAGGAGUUGCUGACAUGGGCUUUAGACCCGAGACCAAGUGUCACCCUUCCAUCCUCCACACGCUCAGUCAAGGCCAUCACUGAAGUAGAGGCUUUUGCACUCAUAGCAGAUGACUUGAAAUUUGUAGCUUCACAAUUUCGCAGGCUGCAUAGUAAGCAACUUAGGCACAAGUUCAGAUUCUAUUCUCAUCAAUGGAGGACAUGGGCUGCUUGCUUUAUACAAGCUGCUUGGCGCAGGCAUAAAAAGUUGAAAGAAACUGCUCAUCUGACUGUUCAUGAGCCUGGAGUUCCACAACGAGGAUCAUUUUGGUCUAGCUAUGCAGAAAGUCUAGUGGCAAGCACUAGAUUAAGUAUCAAGUGCAAGCAAAAAUCUGGGACAGAUUCUGGUACUGUCAGCUCUCUGGAGAAGCCAGAUGAGCCAGAUUUUUUCUUACAUGAGAGAUAAAUUUGAAAAGGGGGUUCAAUAUGACUAACCUUGAAGGAUAAAAGGAUAAAAUUACCGAAAAUUACAUGUAAGAUGCUAUAUUUUAUGUCUACUCGAGUUUAGAUAUAUUUUUAUAAAUCCGAAUAAUAAUCGAAACCUAAAAGUUUCUCCUUACACUCCA